AAACCCAAAAAACACAACAAACAUAAAGCCCAAUUUGAUAAACCCUAAGCCUAAACCCCAAAACCCUCGUCUCCCAUUUCAAUCUUCACACUCAUGGCUCUCCCUUCACUUCUCCGCCGAUCUGCUUCACGCGCCGCCCCUCUCGCCGCCCGAUAUUUCAGCGGCCAGAGUAAUCUCCACACCUACACACCCAUUCUUUACUCUGUUGUGAAGUCUAAUUUGGCCUCCAAUAUCGUGGUCCCCACUCCUGUCCGAAGCUACUCUGCCUCCUCGGCCGCUGUUAAGACCACUAACACUUCUGAUCAGACACUUGUUAAGGUUAUCGAUGCGGAGAUCGUGUGCGCUGAGGAGUCUGAUGAGAACCCUGAGGUCAUUGAGGCUCCUGAAGGUUUCCCUUUUAAAAUUGAGGAUAUACCUGGGCAACAAACAAUUACUUUGUCCAGAAAGUAUCAGGAUGAGACCAUCACAGUUGAGGUUCACAUGCCUGAUCUUGUAACCGGUGAGGAUGAUAAUGAGGAUGAUGAUGAUGUAGAUGAUGACAAGCCUGCCCAAUCUCACGUCCCGCUGGCGGUUAAAGUUUCCAAAAGUCACAAGUUCAUAUUGGAAUUUAACUGUACUGCAUAUCCUGAUGAGAUAUCCAUUGACAGCAUGUCAGUUAAGAAGCCUGAUAGUGCUGAAGAUGAAAUUGCCUAUGAAGGGCCUGAUUUCUCGGACUUGGAUGAGAAUCUGCAGAAGGCUUUCCAUAAGUAUCUGGAAAUCAGGGGUAUUAAGCCUAGCACUACCAAUUUCCUUCACGAGUACAUGAUAAACAAAGAUUCCAGAGAAUACAUGAUGUGGUUGAAGAACCUCAAGAACUUCGUGCAGGCAUAAGCACGUCUUUGUUCGAAACUGAGUAUUAUGGAUCUACUUAAUCCCUGUCUAUUAAUACGAAUUCCAAAUCUGAUUACUCAGACACUGCUAUGGUUUGUUUCGAAGUUAGUAUUAGGUGCUAUUUGUUGGUUGGCCUUCUGUGACAUGUACGAUACUCAGCAUCAAUUAUUAAGUUUUUGUGGCA